AAGCGGUAUCUGUGUUGGUACAAUCGGUGCCAUGAUUCUGUUGUUGUUUCCACAGAUCCUAGUGGACACGGCUCAGAAGAGGCAGGCUCUGAACGAGGUCGAGGCUCGGCACAUGGAGAUCAUUCAACUGGAGGCCAACAUCAGGGAGCUGUACGACAUGUUCUUGGAUAUGGCCAACCUUGUGGAGGAACAGGGAGAACUAAUUGAUGUCAUUGAGCACAACGUGGAGCAUGCGGCCGACUUUGUCCGCAAGGGCCAGCAGGAGACGAGACAGGCCGUCAGAUACCAGCGAACAGGAAGAAGGGUUCGUCUCUGCGAGCUGUUGUGAUGUUUACGGUGGAUAAUUUGUCUCAUCGUCGGUGGCGUAGCUCUCGGAAUCCUGAUAGUCAUUAUGAUCGGCGUCGCUGUCGGGGUGUGUAAUAACAGUGACAAGUGUUAAUACAUUAUUAGCUAAUUUAAUAUUGGUAUAAUAUAUGUGUACUAUUGCAUAUACACAAUGCAUAGCUUUACAUUUUGUAUACGAUCAUUUCAUGUGUCUUUUGUACUGUAUAUAUAAAAAGAGGCAAAAAUUGUGUUCAUGUUCAAACUUUCAAUGUUU